AUGCUGACAUGGUGCUGUGCGUGGCAGAGCGCUGUCGGUGGUGGUGCACUCGACGACUGCCGUGGUGGCUGCGAGGAGCCCCGCGACUGCGACGACAUUGGUGGCAUGGAGCUGCAGGAUGGCGAUGGGGACGGGAGGACGCUGGAGUCGCACUGGUCGCAGCGCCACGCGAAGGAUGAGUGGAUGGCACCGAUUGGUUGUGCCGGCUGCCGCACGGAGCUGACGCUGGCCGCACCGGCUGACCUGGGCUGCAUGAGGGUGAAGUGGGAGAUGGCGGAGCUGAUGCGCUGGUGGAGGAAUUCGUGCUGUGCGCUGCUGCAGAGGAAGCGCUCCGCACUGAUCAUGAGUGAAUAUCCCCAGAUGUUCUGCGAAGGGGGCGUUCCUGCCAGACGCUGCACGUUGGAUCGGUAUUCCAGUGGUUGGUGUGCAGACGAAUUAUCCAUGAGGGGUCAGAAAACGCCCGAUGGACAGUUGCCCCAUCAUUGGUCCCGCACUGGAUGUGAGAAAUGCUGCCGCUGUUAUUUGGAGGGGAGAAUAUUUGUCUGCGGUGCCUGGGGACAAGCCCUCUUCGUGGUGUCUGGACACGCCUCCCACCAACACGACAGAUGCGAGGGACCCGGAAGAAACAUACAUCUCGGUUCUGUCAUGCAUGCGGCAUUGCGGUGCCUCGGCAUGCGGGUGCGUCUGAGAGUGACUGAAGAGGGUAACGCCCGUUGUGUCCCAUGCACGGCCGAGGCGACGAUUACGUGGGUUGCUCCGCCCUACGAUGAGGGAAAAGCUAUUUUCCGUGACCACGCGCAGUUGUGCACGAUAUCCGCCACCAGCGGCAGCCUGCUUCCAGUAGUUUCGUGGGGUGGCGAUGUGAGAGAGGGUGUAUGGAGCAGGACGGUUUCACUGGCAUCUACUGAACAAGCUUUGCUACGGGCAUCCGUCCCCGAUCCAGAGAGCAUUGGGACCGACCGUGUCACACCACCGAAGUAUGUGGACACGGCUGCUCCCCAGAAGCAUCCGUCGCCAGAGGAGAAGGAAGUCGCCUCCGGUGCCACGACGGCAACGGAGUGCUCUUGCCCAGCGACACCGCGGGUGCGCCGCAGGAGGCGGAGAAGGAGAGCGAUGUUCCGGACAUCGACGAUGUGGCCGCCGAUGGUGUGA